ACAGCGUUCUGUGCGCGCGCUCGCUGUCAGUUUGCGCGUUCUCGCGAAGCUAAUUCGUUGAAGUUGCCAGCCCGUCUAAAAACUUAUCAAGAAGACCGAUUAAUAGUUCACAUAUCUGCGACUGAAGCCAUGUCAACCGACUCGUGGGCUCUAUCUGUGGACGAACAAGAGUCUACAGCCAAGUCUAUUGGGAAAUUGCGGAUUAAGGCAGCUGGAGAUGCAAAUAUACCCAAGACUGAUGGUGAUGGUGACAAAUCUGAUGAAGAAGAAAAAGAGGACAGAGCCACUCAGUCUCUCCUAAACAAGCUGAUCAGAAGCAAUGUGGUCAACAACACGAACCAAGUGGAGGUUCUUCAGAGGGACCCAAACUCACCACUUUAUUCAGUCAAGACCUUCGAGGAGCUGAGACUGAAACCUCAGUUGCUCAAAGGCGUCUAUGAAAUGGGCUUCAACAGACCUUCUAAAAUCCAAGAGAAUGCCCUUCCCAUGAUGCUCGCCGAACCACCUCAGAAUCUGAUCGCUCAGUCUCAGUCUGGCACUGGUAAAACAGCAGCCUUCGUGCUGGCCAUGCUCAGUCAUGUGGACCCAAGCUUAAAAUGGCCUCAGUGUUUGUGCAUUUCUCCCACAUAUGAGCUCGCUCUGCAGACGGGUAAAGUCAUCGAGCAGAUGGGCAAGUUCUAUUCAGAAGUCAAACUGGCAUAUGCUGUUCGAGGACAUAAAAUGGAUCGUGGCGUUAAGAUCAAGGAGCAGAUCGUCAUCGGCACACCUGGGACGGUUCUGGACUGGUGUGUUAAGCUGAAGCUCAUUGACCCGAAAAAGAUCAAAGUGUUUGUUCUGGACGAGGCUGAUGUGAUGAUCGCCACACAGGGACACCAGGACCAGAGCAUCCGCAUUCAGAGAAUGCUGCCCAAAGGCUGUCAGAUGUUACUUUUCUCUGCCACCUUUGAGGACUCUGUGUGGAAGUUUGCUGAGCGGGUCGUGCCAGAUCCCAACAUCAUCAAGCUUAAACGUGAAGAGGAGACCCUGGACACUAUCAAGCAGUACUACGUGCUCUGUAACAGCAAAGAGGACAAGUUCAAUGCACUCUGUAACAUCUACGGAGCCAUUACUAUCGCACAAGCUAUGAUCUUCUGUCAUACUCGGAAAACAGCCAAUUGGCUCGCCGGCCAGCUGUCUAAAGAGGGCCACCAGGUGGCGCUCCUCAGUGGGGAAAUGGUAGUCGAGCAGAGAGCUGCAGUUAUUGAGCGUUUUAGAGACGGCAAGGAGAAAGUUCUCAUCACUACUAAUGUCUGUGCCAGAGGUAUUGAUGUUGAACAAGUGUCAGUGGUGAUCAACUUUGACCUUCCACUGGACAAAGACGGCAAUCCAGACAAUGAAACAUACCUCCACCGGAUCGGCAGAACUGGUCGUUUUGGCAAGAGAGGACUCGCUGUCAACAUGGUGGACAGUCAGCGCAGCAUGGAGAUUCUCAAGACAUAUGAAAAGCAUUUUAAUAAGAAAAUUGGGAGGCUGGAUACAGAUGAUCUCGAUGAAAUCGAAAAAAUCGCCAACUGAUGUGAUGAAGAGCGAAAUGCACUCCACGUUAUUUUCAUAAAAAUCAGUUCUGCUGUAACUCGUCAGAUAUGAUGCUUGAAUAAUCUGCAUUGCAGAGACAGAUGUUUACAUAAAUUAUCGACUCAUAUUUAGGAGAAUAUGCUUUAAUUCAAGCUUAAUGCCAAAUAGUUUUGAUUCUAAGCUUAUAGAACUUGCAAGAUUUUUUGAAUCAGUUUGCUUUUGACAGAGUGUUUUGAUUUUGAUGUGAAUUGCAGUACUAAUUCCUACAUCUAAUCUUGUUUACAGGAGACAGUUAUACUUUUCUCUGUUAUCUACUUGACUACUGAAGCAUAUCUUGCUUAGUGUUGCACUGUGAAGUCAGUCAACUGCUUUUUGGUCUUACGUGUGAAUAGAAUCAUAACAGACUUCAAUAUUUAUUCCAUCACAGUAUCUGAACAGAUUCGAGUCAGUAAGAGAAUCUGUGAUAAAUAUGGUUUACUUGCCUACAGAUUGGUGCAAAAUAAUAAGGUGCACAAAUGACACAGUCUUUUAAGACCAACUCAAAACACUAACAUUCCUCAAGCACUUUAGAAUAAUAUUUUAUAAUGAGAUUGUGAAAAUCACAAUAGAGUAUUAUUUUGAUAUAUAGCAAUGCCAUUGUACUUGAACUGCAAAAAGCAUUUAAGCUUUUUGAAAAAGAGUUUGUUUUGUUCUGUUCAGAAAGACCAAAAAUAGUUUGAGUUUUAGUUGAACUGUGAAUUAUUUGAACAUUUGCUCGCUUGUUCUUUUCUGUUGCAGGAAAUGCAGCACUUUUACAAAGUAUAAAGAGCUACUGAAGAGUGAUGUUGUAUUGUAGCUAUAUUGUUAAGAAUGGCUGCUCUACUGUUUGUAAAAUGCAAAAUUAUUUUAGUUUAAAUUUUUGCAGCUUGAAUUAAUGCAUCUUGUUUGACUGAAACCCAUUUGCGAUUGCAUUUAGCUGCAGCAUUUCAGUUUCCUUUUUUUGUACAUUUGCUGCAUUUAGGGUUUUAUAGUUGUUUCCUAUAUAUUCUUAUAAUAAUAAAAAUACAAGUUGGAUCAUCAAAUCAUUUUUUACUUCUUUGCAAGAAUUAAAUGCAACAAGUGUCAUACUCCUAGCAUGUAUUUAUAUAUUUAAAUCUGACAUGCAGGUUUGAGUCUUAAAGAAAAAAAAAGAAAAAAAAAUGCACAAACGGAAGAAAACUUUUUUGCAUUCUGAUAUCAGUUUUAAUUUGUGCAAAGCAAAAUUUGUAAGAAAACUGUGUAAUUAU